UCUGCCUCUCCCUUGUUAAGGUCCAUCAUGAGUGAGGAACUGGACUCAAACUCUUCAGAAAACUGGUAUCACACCUGGAGUGGCAAUGGCACACAGCAGCAUCUGUAUUCAGAUCUGAAUAUUACCUAUGUGAACUACUAUCUUCACCAGCCUCAAGUGGCAGCGAUCUUCAUUAUAUCCUACUUUCUGAUCUUCUUCCUGUGCAUGGUGGGAAACACUGUGGUUUGCUUUAUUGUAGCAAGGAACAAGCACAUGCACACAGUCACGAAUCUCUUCAUCUUUAACCUGGCAAUAAGUGAUUUACUAGUUGGCAUAUUCUGUAUGCCUAUAACAUUGCUGGACAAUAUCAUAGCAGGUUGGCCAUUUGGAAGCAUGAUGUGUAAGAUCAGUGGAUUGGUCCAGGGAAUAUCAGUUGCAGCUUCAGUCUUUACUUUAGUUGCAAUAGCAGUGGAUAGAUUCCGGUGUGUUGUCUACCCUUUCAAACCAAAGCUCACUAUCAAAACAGCAUUUGUCAUUGUUGUGGUCAUCUGGGUCCUGGCCAUCACCAUUAUGUCUCCAUCUGCAGUAAUGUUACAUGUACAAGAAGAAAAAUACUACCGAGUGAGACUCAGCUCCCAGAAUAAAACCAGUUCAGUCUACUGGUGCCGGGAGAACUGGCCAAAUCAGGAAAUGAGGAAGAUCUACACCACUGUACUGUUUGCCACCAUCUACCUGGUUCCCCUGUCCCUCAUUGUCCUCAUGUAUGGGAGGAUUGGGAUUUCACUCAUCAAGACUGCAGUGCCCCACACAGGCAAGCAGAACCAGGAGCAGUUGCACAUGGUGUCCAGGAAGAAACAGAAGAUCAUUAAGAUGCUCCUGACUGUGGCCCUGCUUUUCAUCCUGUCCUGGCUGCCCCUGUGGACCCUGAUGAUGCUCUCAGACUAUGCGGCCCUUUCUCCAAGUGAACUGCGAGUCAUCAACAUUUAUAUCUACCCUUUUGCACACUGGCUCGCCUUUUGCAACAGCAGCGUUAACCCCAUUAUUUAUGGUUUCUUCAAUGAAAACUUUCGCAGUGGUUUCCAACAUGCUUUCCAGGUCCAGAUCUGCCAAAAAGAGGCAAAGCCCAAGGAAGUUUAUGUCCUAAGAGCUAAAAACAAUGUGGUCAUAAACACAUCUGGUCAGCUCACCCAGGAACACGCAUUUCAAAGCCCACGUGGAGAAAAUUUACUGUAUAGAGAAUGUGCUGAAAACCCCAAACAGGAAUUAAUGAUGGAAGAACUGGGAGAAGCUAUCAAUGGUAAUGAGAUUUAAAAAGACCUAGUCUGAUAAUCCCAGUGCUGCUUUGUGUUAUAUAUUUAAAUUUUGUUGCUUUUGUGGCUUUGACUUAAUUCCUUUCUAAUGUUCUAAAGAAAACAAUUACUGAAAGCCCUCUCUUGCAAAAAUUUAAGUAUACAAAAGUGGACUUUACCAUCAUAACCAGUCUUAUGGCAUAUAAAAUAUAGUGAUUCACACAUUUGCCUGAAUAAACCCAUUUCUAAGGAACAAUU